GCCGUGACGGCGCAGGCGCUGAACAACGCGGCGCCGGAAGUGAAGAGCGGAGCCGGAAAUGAAGAGCGGAAACGGAAGUGGAGGGCGCCCCCCGUCGGAGCGGAGGGGGGGCACCCACUCCCAGGCCGUGCUGGUGGGCGCCGACGGCCGCAUCCUGGCCGAGACCGAAGGGCUCUGCACCAACCAUUGGCUGGUGGGCACUGAGCUGUGCGUGGAGCGGAUCCAGGCCAUGGUGGAGGAGGCGAAGCGCCAGGCAGGGCUGGACCCCACUGUGCCGCUGUGCGCCCUGGGGCUGUCGCUGAGCGGGGGUGACGAGGAGGAGGCGCUGCUGGAGGAGCUGCGCCGCCGCUGCCCGGAGCUCAGCCACAGCUUCUGCGUCAGCAGCGACGCCGCGGGAGCCAUGGCCACCGCCAGCGAGCGUGGUGGCAUCGUGCUGAUCGCUGGCACCGGUUCCAAUUGCCACCUGGUGAACCCCGAUGGCACGGAGAGCAGCUGUGGUGGUUGGGGCCACAUGCUGGGCGACGAGGGCUCAGCGUAUUGGAUCGCACACCGCGCCGUGAAGACGGUGUUCGACAGCAUGGACAACAUGGAGGUGUCACCACACGACGUGGGAUACGUCAAGGAAGCCAUGUUCCAGUACUUCAAGAUCUCCAGCAGGAUGGGGCUCCUGCCUCAUCUCUACCGCACCUUCCAGAAGGCCGAGUUCGCGGGGUUCUGCCUCAAGGUGGCAGACGGUGCCCAGGCCGGGGACGCGCUGUGCCGCCACCUCUUCCUGCAGGCCGGGGAGCUGCUGGCCCACCACGUGCUGGCUGUGCUGCCCCGCGUGGAUGAGAGCCUGUUCCGGGGGGAGCUGGGGCUCCCCAUCGUCUGCGUGGGCUCCGUCUGGAAGAGCUGGGAGCUGAUGAGAGAAGGCUUCGUGCAGGCGUUGGUUGGAGCCCGGGGGGGGGAUUCCAUGGGGGCUUUCUCCCACUUCAGCCUCCUGCGGCUGCGCCAUUCCUCGGCCCUGGGGGGGGCCAGCCUGGGGGCCCGGCACGUGGGGCACAAAUUGCCGCUGGAUUACGGCAGCAACGCCGACGUCUUCUACACGCAUCGCUUCUAGGGCUGGAGG